AAGCACUUUCUCCUUCGAGGGUGGCAGCAAAAUGACGGAGAGCGCGCUGACGCAGCAGCUCGUGCUUCUGCUGCAGGACGUCCACCUGCCCAACACGACGGCGUGGCAGAAGCGCACCACGGUCGUCCACGAGUGGCUGCACGAGAACGCAGCGGCGGGCAACCUUCUCGACGAUGGCAUGGAAGACACGAUCCUGCGGCAGCUGCAGCGCGGCGACAUGCACCCGUCGGCCCAGGCCCGCUGCUGGCGUCACAUUGUUGGUGAGCUUGUCGAAGUGCCCUGCGUGCGCAACUUUGAAGCCGACGCGCCCGAGCCGAGUCCGAGCCGAGGCAAGAUUCGGGCGGGGAAGGACCUCGUCGUCUUGUCCGACCCUGUCCCGCCCCUCGAAAUCGAUGGUGCGAGUCCGCUCGCUCUGGAGACGGAGCUCCCGCUCUCGCAGCGGUCGUCGUCGCAGCCGCCGCCGUCGUCCAUGCAGAAGGAAAAGACGUUCUCGACCAUGUCGAUGAUGGAGCGCCAGGCCGAGUGGCUCAAGAAGAAGCAAGAAAAAGUCGAGGCGGAAGAGCGCCGGCAACGCGAAGAGAAAGAGAAGGAGCUCACGUUCAAGCCCAACCUCAUGCGGCGACAGACGUACAACGAGCGCCCCGCCGAAGUCACGAAACCACCGUCGGUCACGAAACAGAGUUCGUUUAACGACAAACUCUUACAGCGCCCGGCGCCCGAGACUCGCCCGGCCUCGCGCAGCAUCGAAAAGCCCAAGGCAUCGGCGGCGUCGAUUCCAAAGGCCAAGGCGGUGCGUCGAAAGAAGUCGAUUGCGAGCACGACGCGCCCGAUCGAUGCGAAAAUUGAGGUCACGUCCGACUUGCUCAACAACAUGAAGUCGGAGCUCAAGGCCUCGAAGGCCAUGAAGCUCGAGGCAGCGCCGGCCGACGAGAACGGCGACGAGAACGACGACGGCGACGACGACGAGCCGGCAGAGGACCCCCGCGAGACGACUGCAGACGACGACGAUAAUCGCCUGCCGCUCGUGCUGUCGGCGUCCAAGACGUCGCUGCUCGACUUCAAAAUCGACUUUUCUGGCGGCGAAAGCAAGGCGCGGCUCGUGCUGCAGGAUGCGUCGCUCUUUGAGCUCAACUCGAUGUACCGCAAGACGGACAAGGGCGCGCGGCGCGAGGGGAUUGCGCUGCAGAUGGGGCGUCGCGAGGACAACCACGAGGAGCAGGUCGUGGCUGUCAUCUUUGACAAGGAAAAAUGACCGAGGCCGAAGCACAGCUGUGGUGGACCGAGCACCAACCGCGCUUCUUGGAGCCGGCCAACAACCCGAGUAGUACCUCCUAAAUGUCGUCGAUGCCAUGACGUCGUCGCGUUAAUAGAGUAAUA